AAAAAGUGCCCCUCCACUUCCGGAGAGGGCGCCAACGUGAUGGCGCGGCAACGGCGCCGCUGAGCUGAAACCGAGUUGUUCGACCUCCGACAAACCUUACAGAAGCACAAACUAAAACGCCUCCCGCUCGUCCGCUCUCCCAUCAUCAACCUCUGCUUCAACUCACAAAGGUCAAGCAAGACCUGCCCUAAAAUUUAUCCGAGUCCGAUCAGUCUGAUCUCUGUCUACUCCCGAGACUCGUCCUGCGCCGCCAUCCCUUUGCGCCCUUCAACUUCUCCGAACACAAUGGCAUAUAACGGGUGGCCCGGCGCAAACCAUGGUCCUGACAGACAACAAGACAACGGAUAUUAUCAACAAGGGGGACAGCCUGGGGGGUACGAUGGAUACCAACAACCUGCGCAGCAAUGGGGUCAGCAACCACCGCCUCAGCAGUACUACCAGGGCGGACCGUAUGGUUACCAGCCAGGUUAUGGCCCGCAGCACCCGCACAACCCACCGCCAAAUUCUCCUCCGCAGAACCUUGAUCAAUACGGCUACCCUCGAGCCCGCGCUGCCCGUCCGCCAGCGGGCCAGCAGCAGUUUGUCCAAGGCAUUGACUACACGUUCCAGUACUCUGACUGCUCUGGCAAGCGCAAGGCCUUGUUGAUAGGAAUCAACUACACGGGCCAGAAGAGCCCACUGCACGGGUGCAUUAACGACGCACUGAACCUACGCGACUACCUCAUCAAGGAACACAGGUACAGGCCGGAAGACAUGGUUAUGCUCACCGAUGACCAGAGCGAUCCCAACUUCCAACCCACCAAGGCCAACAUCUUGCGCGCCAUGACCUGGCUUGUCACGGGUGCUGAAGCCAACGACGCGCUGUUCUUACACUAUUCCGGCCAUGGUGGACAGACAGUGGACAAGGAUGGCGACGAGGAGGAUGGCCAAGAUGAGGUCAUUUACCCCGUCGACUGGGAACAGACCCACCAAUCCAUUGUCGACGACCAGAUCCACGACGUCGUGGUCAAGCCGCUAAAGGCUGGCGUGCGUCUGACAGCAAUCUUCGACAGCUGCCACUCGGGCUCUGUGAUGGACCUUCCUUACCUGUACAGCACCCAAGGCGUGCUCAAAACACCGAACCUGGCUGCCGAGGCCGGUCAGGGCCUUCUCCAGGUCUUUAGCGAUUUGGCCAAAGGCGGUACCGACAAGGCCAUAGAGAGCUUCGGCAGCACGUUUAUGUCCCUAGCCAAGUCAGCUCUGACAGGUAAUAAAGCCUACGAACAGACCAAACGGACAAAAACGUCUGCUGCGGACGUUGUUAUGUGGAGUGGAAGCAAGGACGACCAAACAUCGCGGUCGUGUGCUAAGUCGUCCACCUUUCGCAGUGCCGACACGAAAGUGAACUCGAAGGCCACGGGCGCCAUGUCGCAUGCCUUUAUCGAGGCGCUCAGGAGGGACCCGCAGCAGAGCUACACAGAGAUGCUCAACAGUAUCCGCGAGAUCCUCAAAGCGUCGAACCUGUCGCAAAAACCUCAGCUAUCUUGCAGCCAUCCUCUCAGUUAG